AUGCCAGUUUCAGUCCCAGCUGCAGACAGACGGCAGAGAGCCUCAGCAGCAUUUUCUCUCAGUUUUCUCUCUUUAGUCUUCUCUAUUACAGCAUUUAGUAGCAGUUACUGGUGUGAAGGGACAAGAAAAGUUGCCAAACCUUUCUGUACAGAACAGAGCAAAGGGGAUCACUGUAUCCGCUUUAACAGCCCUGAUGCCAACAACAGCAAUGCUGUGCAAUAUAUUUGGGAGACAGGAGAUGACAAGUUUGUUGACCGCAAGUUUCAUGCCGGGAUUUGGUAUUCGUGUGAAGAAAUUAUAAAUGAAGAAGGUGAGAAAUGUAGAAGCUUCAUCAGUCUGACUCCAGCUGAUGAUCGAG